UUUUUACCACUUUUACCACUCCCCAAGGCAAGCAUUCCCAUCCGAGCAUCUUCUCAUUUAAAAAUAUAUAUAUAUAUAUUUAUAUGAUAUCCAUUGAUUUGCAGCUCUCAGAGAUAUUUGCAUUUUAACUGCUAAGGUGCAUUCAUCUUAAGAUAGCUAGCUGGGAUAACCACAUAUCACAGUAAGUAUUUUUCCUAAACAAAGUAGCUAUCAGCAAAGUCAGAGCUAGCAAGGGGGGAAAAAGUAAAGUGUUUCAGAUGUUUGCAGAAGAUGGGCAGGGACUCUGCUUUCCUAGCUUCAGGGAGAAGAUUGUUCCACCAUUGGGGUGCCAGGACAGAGAAGAGCUUGGACUAGGCUGAGCGGGAGCUGCCCUUCUGUAGGGGUGGGAGGGCCAAGAGACCAAAGGUGGCAGAAUGAUAUGCUCAGGUUGGGGUGCAUGGUUUGAACAUAGCCUGAAGGUAGAAAGCGGUAGUUCCUGUUGCUGCUCUGUAGGCAAAUACCAUUAUCUUGUAGUGAGCUGCGACUGGAAGCCAAUGGAGUGUGCUGAGGAGCGGAGUGACAUCGGAGAACUUGCAAAGGUUGAACACCAGGCAGGCUGCAGCGUUCUGGAUAAGUUGCAGGGGUUUGAUGGCACAAGCAGGGAGCCCAGCCAACAGCGAGUUGCAGUGUUCCAGAUGGGAGAUGACAAGUGCCUGGAUUAAGACCUGCGCCGCUUCCUGUGUGAGGAAUAUACUUCUACCUCCGGUUUUUAUGGAUGUAUCCCUGCUAGGGCUAAAGUUACAGGAUGAAGAUGUACAACAGCCAGACAACCAGUCACUCUACUCUGAUGAUGAUAUCCCCACCGCUACAAAGCGCCCUCUUGUACAAGGGCGUGGGAGGAAAAGGGUGGCAGCCCCUGCCUAUGAAGACGGAGAAGAUCUGGGCUUCAAGACCCCCAUUAAUGUGCGCCAUCACCGGGUGCUGUCAGAGCUAAACCCCUCCUCUCCCCUCAAUUCCACUAUGCGAAAUAUCUACUCUCCCAUGGUCCGGUUCCUCACACCUACCAAGGAAAAUGCGAGAACCCCCAGCAGUGGUGAUGUGAUGAGCCCAGAGCAGUGUGUGUUUGGCUAUGGUUCCAUCAGCCUUCUCGCUGGAGAUGAGGACAAUGAUGACGUUUUCAGCCCCUUUACCUUCAUCAAGAACAUUCCAUCCAAAUCCCAGCAAUCCAAACCAUGCAUACGAGACAUCCCACCUAAGACGAGGAGUACGCCCCAAGCCACUCUAGUUUUAGAUCUGGAUGAAACGCUCAUUUACAGCUCUCUGAACCGGAUUGAGGAUGCAGAGUACACCUUUCGCACAUGCUUUCAGGACAAUCAGUACAAAGUCUACAUGAUUCUACGACCACAUGUGAAAGAAUUUCUGGAAGCCAUGACAAAACAUUUUGAGAUGUUUGUUUAUACAUCGGCAAAGAAAGAAUAUGCAGGGAAAAUACUGGACAUCUUGGACCCGAAAAGAAGGCUGUUUCGACACCGUUUGUAUCAACAGGACUGUACCUGUGUUCUUGGGCACUAUGUCAAGGAUUUGGGCGUACUUGAGAGGGACCUUGCUAAAACGGUGGUUUUGGACAAUGCUCCACACACAUACCCCUACCAUCUGAUGAAUAUGCUUCCCAUCAAGAGCUGGUCUGGGGAUAAGGAGGACAAAGAACUUCAGAAGCUCAUCCCGUAUCUUGAGAGAGUGUCCGGAACAGAUGAUUGCCGUGAGGUACUGAAGAGGAGGACAGACCACUUUCACAGACUGCUCUCUGAGGAUUGAGAAAAGGCUUCUGAUCAUCCUUCCAUAAAUGUUUUAAUUGCAAACAUGAACUAUAUCUACUAUUCUAAUCCUUCUGUAUAAUCCCUGAAUGACCAAUGGGUUCCUGAUAGUGUGUCAAUUUAAAAUGCAGAGAUUCCUAAACAUUUCUCACUCAGCCCAGCAAUAAAUUGCUAAUAGUUUAAAAAUGAACUAUUUGAAUAUAAUGACACAACUUAAUAUGUUCUUCAUACUUAAUAAUCCUAAUUUAUUGACAGAAAAUAUCUUUUUUGAAGCUGUUAUGUAAAUAUUAUUUUAUUUUAGUGACACGAUUGGAUUUUUCACCUCAACAAAAGCCAGAACAAAUUUAUCUGUAAAUAAUAAAACAACUUAAACCAU